CAUUCAUUUGCCGUCUUCUAAAUUAGGACCAGUAAUCAGCGCCAAGAACCCACUGCUUAAUUAGUCUCCCUCGUCCGCCCGCCGUUGUCGUGGGCGGCCCAAGGGCAUGGCUCCCGUGAACAGCCCAAUUCCACCUCCUAUCUCAAUCAUUCCCGCCAUCGAGACCCCCGGCGAGCGCGACCAACACUGCGACAACCACGGCGAGGACAAUUCCGGUCGCUUUGCCUCUGCCUACCGCCUCAACGCGUCCCAACCGGCCUUGACCCCCGCCUCUGCGGGCCAAAGCCCCAACGCUCGUUACUCAUUCCACGAUCCGAAGCGGCUCUCUCCUUUCGCCCCGACUUUCCAGGAUCAGAACGCCCUUCUAGUCCCCGGAAUGGCGUCUAACAACGAUGAUGACUUCUCUAACGAGAACUCGGUGCCAAUUGACACCCCAAAGUCAGAUGUCCCGAAUCCCUUCAACUUCCAGACUCAGGUCAUAUCCACGUCUCCCGUCAAGCCCAAUGUCGGCCAACGACGCGGACACAAGUACAAGCACUCCAGUAUAAGUGCGCAGCACCAGAUCUUUCUAGAGCCGCCGCCACGCGCCCCGCUGGCCCUUCCACGCGACCUUCCCAUGCCCACUCUUCAAGAGACCUGGAAGUCGAUGUCGAGAGACCAGCGUCACCGCUUAUAUUGGUGUAUAUGUCAUGCACUAGUGGCAGUCUGGUUAUUUCUGUCUGCCCACGGUUCUCUCACUAUGACUGCCCUGUCACACUUGGUGUUUUUCGACGUGGGUUCUGCAUUGAUCUGCGUGGCAGUCGAAGUCCUCGGAAACUUCGAGGUCUGGAAGCGGAGCAGCAUUCGGUAUCCGUUUGGCUUGGAGCGUGCUGAAGUUUUGGCUGGCUUUGCCAUGAGCAUCUUCUUGAUUUUUGGUGGGUUUGACCUUGUCAGCCACAACGCGAAGCACAUCCUCGAAGGCCAUGGUGGUGAUGGCUCCCAUGAAGGACAUGUGCAUGAACACGACGAACCGAGGGUUGCCAUGGGCAGUAUUGACUUUGUCAGUCUUGCCGCUAUUGCCGCAACCCUGAUCAGUGCCUUCGGUCUCAGGAACCAUGCUAGGAUAAGCCGAGCAAUGCGCGUAAGUUACCUAGCUAGCUUGCCGAGCAUCCUGUCGAAUCCGUUCCACUUUCUCACCCUCUCGGUGUCUACCCUUCUGGUAAUGCUUCCUCUCUUCUCCAUCCACUUGCACAUUAUGCUUGACAGCAUAAUUUGCGGCCUAAUCGCUCUAUCUAUGUUCGGAUUGGGAGUGCGGCUAGCUAUUGCCCAGGGACUGAUGCUCCUCAUGAGCUAUGGUGGGCGUACGGGUUCAUUCUCGGGUAGAUAUAAAGAGUUUGGCGUUUCGGAUGUCUUGCGCGAAAUCGAGACCGAGCCGAGCAUUGAACGAGUCGAGGAGGCGCAGUUCUGGCAGGUACACUACGGCCUCUGCAUGGCCAAUCUCAAAGUGAGCGUAGCGAAGAGCUGCGACGAUGCCACCCUGAGCCGUUUGCGAACUCGGAUCUCCAAUCUCAUCCAGAACAGACUCGGGGAGGGGUACGGUCGAGGCGGAAGUCUGAAAUGGGAGGUCAGCUUACAAACAGCCUACUCCUCCUCCACUGCACAGCUGUAAUAAAUUAGCAAUGUUUUCAAAAAUGGGUACCCUUCUGGUUCGUGGCGGUUGUUCUGCAAAACGUUAUUUGUUUGUUUUUCCCUCCACCUCUGGAUUCCCCCCCUUCCCAGAAGUAGCAUUUCCCGGCGUUUGGCAUAACUUCAACUAGGCAUUAAAGGCACAUGAGCUAAGAUAUCCCCAUCCUCCUUGCAGAGAACGGCGCGGCAUUGAGAAUUUGGCAUAGAUGAGAAAGGGGAGUCUGUGGAAAUGAUGAUGAUGAUUUGUAUAAAACUGUGCAGCUUCCAUUCUUGUAGAUAGUUACAUGUUAUCAGUCAGUCCAAACUUACAUGUCGAUCAAUAUAUCAGUUGAUUUUUUUACCUGUUACUGCUAGAGUCUUAUUAAUAUCUACUUGACUAGGUAUCAAGAGCUUCUGAUGUUCAUGUUCGUCUAUAGUUGAAGCACGUUAUAGAU